CUCGCUGACGAGCUUGCGAUUUCACAACAUCAAAUCGUGAAAUUGGAGCAUGCUAUAAGACGUUCUAAACGCUUGUUAUGCAUUUGAAACGUAUGUGUUUGAGAAUAAUUCAAGUAGACUCAACAUUUGAUUGAAUAUCCAAGUCAUGGAAGCAUUAGAAGCUGCUGUUGCGAACAUUCAUCUAGAUGAAGAUGAUGGAGUUUUCAGUCCUAGGGAUUAUCAGAUUGAACUAUUCCAAGCAGCCCUGGAUGAAAAUAUUAUAGUUUACUUGCCUACUGGUUCAGGCAAAACAUACAUAGCAGCCCUUCUUAUUAAGGAAAAGUCUCAUGAAGUCACUAAAUCAUUAAGUGCUGGAGGGAAGCGAACAGUGUUUCUUGUCCCUACAAUCGUUCUGGCCAUCCAACAGGCUGCAUAUUUGAGGAAGCAUACUCUUUUAAAAGUGAAAGAAUUCUAUGGGAGUAUGGGUGUGGACAUGUGGGGGAGAGACAAACAAAAGUGGGAAACCGAAUUUGAAACUAAUCACGUGCUAGUGAUGACUGCUCAAAUUUUUGUGGAUAUUUUGAAUCACGCCUUCUUUUCCCCCUACCAACUCAACUUGCUGGUAUUCGACGAGUGCCACUCAGCAGUGAAAGACGCGCCCAUGAAACAAGUACUCACGAAACUGCGCAGUUGUGACGUUGCUCGGCGACCAAAAAUUCUCGGACUUACUGCGGCCCUCUUUAGAAAACGGUGUAAGCCUCGAGAGGUGCGUGGCGUAAUCAAGCAACUCUCUGAAUCGAUGGGUUGCAUCGUUAGAAUUCCAUCCGACGUCCAGACAGUCUACCGCUCCUCUACGAAACCCUGCGAAGUCAUAUUUCAGUAUGAUGACGUCAACAUUGGUCAGAAUCCUGUUUCACAGGAGUUGAGUAAACUGAUCGAGACUUUACUGGCUUCGUGCACGUUGUCGUCAUGGAUCCAGGACUUUUUAAAAUUAUCCCAAAACUAUAGUGGAUCUGGAUUGAAUAAUACUUUUGGCGGGAAAAAAUCGAACAAGAUUGAAGUAUUAUGCGACGCACUUAAAGACAUUGGCUUCCUCCUGGAAAAUUUCGGUCCGUACGGUGCUUAUCACUGCGCACAACUUUACAUUCCUAUUUUGAUGGGAGCUAAAAGUCGAUCUCAAAGUGCUGAUUUCAACAAAGUGAUAAAUAUCUGUCACAAAAUUCAAGAUGUUUGCGCUCCUGUUUUUGCGAAAUACUCGGCAAAGGAACGCUUAGUGUUGUUUGUCCACCCUAACGUCAUACGCUUGUUGGAUAUUAUACAAAACUUCAACCCUAAACGCUGUAGGCCUGAUGAAAAGGCAUUCAAGAUGUGCGGUAUCAUUUUCGUUGAAAGACGAUCGGUGGCCAGUGUCUUGUAUCACUUCCUGAAGGACAUUCGGCAACAUGAUGAGAACCUAGAGUUUGUGAAACCUUUGUUCACCAUGGGCCAGGCGGCAGGUUCCGCUUCGUCCCUCAGAGAAACGCAAAUUCUCAAUAUGAAUCAGAAGGACAUUAUGAGAGAUUUUCGAUCGGGUAACUGUAACUUGUUGGUGGCCACAAGUGUACUGGAAGAAGGAGUCGACAUCCCCGAAUGCAAUUUAAUUGUUCGGUUUGAUAAAAUAAGAACUUAUUGCGACUACGUCCAGACAAAGGGUCGAGCAAGGUCUAAGAAAGCCUUUUUUUGUAUGCUGGUGAGUAGUAGUGACUCAAAAAAAUUCCUAGAAGAUAUGGCGCAUUUCCACGCUAUCGAGCAGCAGCUCGUAGCCACGGGUAACUUUGAAGAUGACAAGGACGCGAUUCUAGACAAUCUAUUUAGUCAGAUAAUCGAACCUUACACUCCUUAUGGCAACCAAGGACCCCGAGUUACUUUACAAAGUAGCAUAUCGCUUGUCAACAGGUAUUGCAGUCAACUCGUGUCUUACGGAGCAUCUGUCCUGGUUCCCAGAUGGAGCAUCAAGGAAGUGGAUGAGAGUAAAGCUGAUCCGUUAUUGCUAAAAAAGAUGAAGGAAUUGAUGAAACAGUUGCCCGUGGUUAAACCCCUCUCUACCAAAGAACCUGCUGAGAAAAUUGCUUUGUUCCAGUGCCGUUUGUUGUUGCCAAAGAGUUCGCCGUUGCAAGGAGAAGUAGUUGGUGACCCUAUGUUAACUAAACGUCUAGCCAAACGCGCAGCUGCUCUGCGAGCUUGCGAACGUCUUCAUCAACUCAAAGAAUUGGACGAUCUCCAUCUUCUUCCGGUUAGUCAUCGUAAACGUUAAGCUUAUUAAACAGUUAAUUUCAGUGACAUAGUCACUAUAAAAAAUGUUCAUUUCAGUAUUUUGUUUUUAACCUUUCGGAAAAUGUUUGAUUUUCACUGAACUAUUUUUGUAAUGUUAAUCAAGAAUUUUGUGUUAUUAUAACCAGACGAAAGAGCUCAA